AUGAUAUCUGAAACUACUGAGCAGAUAAAGAAAAUCCAAAGUCGAAUGCUUGUCGCUCAAAGCCGUCAGAAGAGCUAUGCUGAUCAAAGGCAGAAGCCUUUAGAAUUUGAAGAAGGAGAGCAUGUGUUUCUGAAGAGGAUUGGGCCGGUAGCUUACAGGAUUGUCUUACCGCCACAUCUUUCAAACCUGCACAACAUAUUUCACGUGUCGCAGCUUCGUAAAUAUACUCCUGAUGCAAGUCAUAUUCUGGAACCGAAAUCGGUUCAAGUACGAGAAGAUCUGACACUUCUAGUAAUCCUGGUUAGGAUCGAUGACACCAGCGUCAAACGUUUGCGCGGAAAGAAAGUAUCAUUGGUAAAAGUAGCUUGGAUUCGAGCUGGUAUUGAAGAGUAUACUUGGGAGCUCGAAUCAGAUAUGCGGAAGGACUACACACACCUCUUUUCAGGUAACUAA